AUGCCUUCAACGAAGCGACCCGCUCCACGAUCUGCGUCGCCGCAGACCCCUCCCCCCAAGCGCAUGAGGACCUCCGACAGUGUCCAAAAAGCAACGCGUUCGAACAUAUCUGGGGUUGAACCAGGCGUCAUUGAUGUCAUGAACCGCGCGCUGGACUACACCAACGCCGCAACGAAGUACUGGAAGAUUGCCGCCAAGGAAGCCAAUGCCGAGAUCGGUCACUGGAAGAAGGAGUGCGAGCGAUGGAGCGACAGGGCUAGCAGAAGCGAUGCUGCUGUGGUGGACGAGAAGCGUGAGAGGAUCGCGGCGCAAAACGCACAGCAAGACGCGGAGCGUCGCUGCGCCCAGUUGUUGGCAAAGCUGGCCACACACAGGGACGCCCUCCUGCAGAUUGGCGGCCUGUCCAAGAGAACAACCGAUGGCCCGAACACCCUUUCCGUCGUGGAGGAGGAAGAGAGAUGUGAAUCAGAGCACUCUGGAGACGAGGGCAUCCACGACAAAUCAGAGGUAUCUGGAGACGAGGGCAACCGUGACGAAUCUAGAGACGAGAGCGGCCAUGGAGUGUUUGCAGACGGGAGCGACCUUGAUGAUUUGGAAUGGGCGGGCAUUACAAGAGAAAUGCGCUCACUGGGAUAG